GCCAACAAAGAUAACCUACUUCACCUUAGAUCCAAUCCCCGACAAUCGAUACAAUAAUAAAUUUAUACGAAAUAACAGAACUGUAAAUUGUAGCAAAUGUCAUCAAUCAUUAGUAUUUAGCUUGAAGUCGAUGAAAACGAACACUCCGGUGACCGACUCCAUAAAUACUUGUUUUCGAUUUGCAUCAUUCAAGAACGUAUUUAAAGUUCUACUGACAUGAAACAGUGAAUCCAACAGUCGAUUUUUAGUCCACCUGUAAUGUGUAGUUAUUUUAUAAGAAAAGAUUUAUAAAUUUAUUAGUGUGUGAAUCUUAUUGGUUGUAUUUUUAGUAGUAAACUAUCCUGGAUUUUCCAACAAUGAAUCAAUGAACAUCAUUCUACUACCGAUACCGUUUCUAAACACUACUACUAACUACACAAAGUGUGUCAGUUUUGUACUUAUUUUCGAUAAAAGAUGUCUUCCACGAAUUAGUCGUUUAAAAACAUUAGGAAGUGCUUAAUCUAUGAAUCACGUAAGUUUUAACCAAAAGCUAAACAAGCAUAACGUAUUUCAUGUUUUAUUCAUAAUUUGAAACUACAUGGAAAUUCAGUUAAGUUCAAGGCUGGGUGAAUCAAGGAUUUUAGAGUCACAACUGGGAAUUUGUUUGUAAAGAGGGAACCCCUGCUCUAAUCUUCAGCGAUAAAAAACCAAUUGUACAGGAAGAAUGUUUCCGGAAAAAUGAAUUUAUUUAAAAAGACUGUACACGAAUAAAGAGAAAGAUGAUUUGGAAACGUUUAAAAAUAGUGGGUUCAUUAAAAUUUUAAAGAAUUUUAUAGAGACCGUGGGUAUGGUCAAGGAAAUUACUUUUCUAGUAGGUCAGGUAGGCAUCCAUCAAAUGAACGACUCAGCCCAAUUGGGUACAAACUCAACCGAAAUGAGCGUCCUUUUAAAAUCAAAUCUCUCCCUUGAUGACAAAGACACUUCAGUAAGAACUCAGCUGACUUUAUACGACAUACUAAUACCAACAAUCGGAGGGAUAAUCAUGCUUUUAAAUCUCCUCGUCGUAAUCUCAAGCGGAUUAAUAUUGAAAAAAGGUUCACAACCACGUUCGACUUAUUUAUUUUUAGGAAACGUAGCAAUGACUGAUUUAUUCACAGGAGUAGCGGUAGUUUUUGGACAAUUAUACCCGAAAGAAAACAGGGAUCAUAGUAUAUGUGCACUCCAAUUAGGUAUGAUAGUGGCAAGCACUUUAACUUCCGUUUAUUCAGUCGGGUUGAUUGCAAUUGAUCGAUUUUUGUACAUACUCCAUGGAAUACAAUACCAGCAAUAUAUUUACCCCACUAGAGCAAGAAUAUUAAUACUUACAACAUGGGUUAUAGGAUGCAUCGUUGGAUUUAUGCCACUGUUCGGGUGGUACGGAGACACAGACAAUGGCAGAAUCUGUUGGUUUAUUCUUCUAGCCCCACGGAAUCUAGUCCUGCUUACUGUCAUAAUUGGUGUAAUACCCAUAAUCCUAGUAGUAAUCCUCUACUCCAUAAUCUUGUACCACGCCAUUAAAAACAUCGGUAGACUUCAAAAAUCGACCAAUCAAACGAAUGAUGUGACGGAAACCGAUUUAAAAAAUUUACGAAUGUACAGAGGCCGGCCUCAAACCAACGAGAAUUUAGUGGAAAAAAACUUCUUCGCCAAAAUUUUCAAAACGACACCUUCAGUCAGUGUUAAAUCCCCGAGCAAAUUGAAGGCCAUCAAAGUUGUUUUAUUCACUAGUGGAAGUUUUGUAAUUACGUGGUCUCCGUAUUUUGUUGCGAGUUUGAUUUAUGUGUAUCAAUGCGAAAACCUCGAAAGCAAAAAAUGCAAAAAUUUGAGAAUCAUAAUCGCAAGUCCCUUAGCAAUUUUAGGGUUCACUAAUAGUUUGAUAAAUCCAAUCAUUUACGCUUGGUGGCAUAAAGGAUUUAGAACUUACGUACAAAAGAGAAUGAGUACUGUUAUAAUGAAGACGAGGUGGAAGAGAAAUUCUGUUGAUAAUACGACUAAAUCAACAUCGAGUACUAGUAAUAAACAAAACGGGAGCAAAAUUGAACCAAUUAAGGAAGAAGCCGUCGAAAGUAGGCCAUAGUUUUGUAGAAAAAAUCAAGUGUGAAAUUCUGUGAUAGAAAAACUUGUCUUUUCACACUGUUCUCGUUAAUUUUUAGCGUCAUUGUUUGGACAUAUUACAUAAUAGCGCCCCAUACACAAGCGGAUUAUCAGUCGGAUCAAAUCUGUACAGAUCUGACCGGCAGAUUUAAUCCGGACGGACUAAUUCAAAUACAUAGAGAUUUGAUCCGUUCCAUACACGAGAGAGUUAUCUGUCGGAUCAAAUCUGUACAGAUCUGAUCCGUAUGGACUAAAUCGGUUGCGCUCCAUACACGAGCGGGUAUCUUAACGGAUUUAUCAGAUCCGACGGAUAUUCCGCUCGUGUAUAGGGUCCUAUUGUACUCGUAUAUGUGAACCAAAUACAAUUAUAAAAGUUAUGCACAAACAGGGUAUGUCCAUCAGGAGGAACAUUGUAAUAAUCAAUUUAUUACUUUUUUAGAACUAUAAACUCAUUUCUAAACACCCAAAAGCAAGCAUAAUUUGACUUUUAUUAGCCCUUUUUUAUAAAAUACCAAAUAGGCGAUCUCGAUUUUUACACCAAAUUCGCCGGAAAUAUUAAAUUCUUUUUUUGAGAGAAGCAACACACAAUCCAAAAUACAAUAAAACGGGCAUAAUUGUCAAUUAAAAGCCCUCCUAACGUCGGGCUCUACACAUUCCUUCAGGGCAUAAUCUUCUUAUUAUGCUCUUGCUACAUAAAUAACUAUUACAAAACAAAUAUAAUAAUUGGUACAAAUAUAAACAAAAAUUCAUUAAAAAUACCUACUUAAAACUUCAACUUCUUUCAAGAAGUUGUAACUGCAUUCUAAAAGUGGUUUUAUAAUGUACCUCUGGUCUGAACAUACUUCUUAGGUGCUCCUUUGAGCAGACAAUAUUCAGACAAUAAAAAUAAAUUUGUCUGGGACAUACAAUAACUAUGAAGAAAAUCUACAAAACUUUAUACAAUGUUCCACAUAAUAUUACAAGAGCUGGGUUUCUUAAUUGUGCUAAUGGUAAAACUCACUUGGGGCAUCAACAAAUUCAUAUUAAGUCCAUUUAUGUCAUAAAUGAACAUACAAUAAUUGGGCGCUUAGUCAUAGACAUGAUUUGUAUUUUUGGCUAGAAUAAAAAGAAUUAAAACUUA